AUGGGCUGUGCGAGCGAAUGCAGGGCAAUUGAUGAAGUGGAGGAGGAGCUGGAAGCGAGUGACGACACGGAUGCGCAGAUGGAGCAUGACACAAAUUAUGAGUGCGUCGGCUGCUUCGCCGCAGGAGAUGAAGCGCCCCCUUCGGAAGAUGGAGCUGAUGAGACUUGCAUCGACUGGCGGCAGGACUCGCCCUGCCGUGGCGGCAUGCCGUUCUUCCGCAUGCGCUCCAAUGAGCUCACAGCAUCCUUGUGCUUCGAGUUCUGCAUCAGUCAGGGCUUAGACCUGUUUGCGUUGGUGCAAGAUGAAUGUCGAUGUGGGGCAAGUCUACUGAACACAGCUGUCUGGGGAGCAUCUCCCCGGCCUGGACUCACCUUGCCAGCCCCUCUGGGUGAUUGCGUGAUGGGAGAUUCUUGCCCAAUGCGCGUUUAUCGUUGGCUGGGCCCUUUUGAAAGUGGUGGCUCGGUCCGUGCGGGACUUCUCAAGCCGAAUGCAGCCGCAACCGCCUACGUUGAUUCGGUUGUUGCCGGCAAGCGACUGACACCGGCGCAAGAGGAAGACGGCAUACCGCUUGAUGAAGGAGACGCAGCCAAGGCCGCCCUCUUGCAAGACGAAGUGGCCAGUGAGACUUCCAACCCCAUGUGGGAGAGGCUUUGCAAUGACAGUCCAGGCUGCCAAGCUGGCCGGCCGUGGAUCGAGCGUACCAGCCAGGCGCCGGAGGGCAUGGUCCCGCAGUGGGAGGAGUAUGUGGUCGUUCGGUACAAGUUCGACACUGAUGUCGACGACACACGGAAGGAGGCUUUCCGGGCAGCAGCGGCCGACUGGCGCACGCACACAUGCGUUGCGGUGAUUGAGGAUGAUGCUGCCGUCUCUCCCUACUAUCUCAUUGGCAUCUACGACACCGGAAGCUGCUGGUCCAACUUGGGUAGGCCCUACAGCUAUGGCAGGAUCAACUUAGGAUGGUGCAAGAACAUGAACCACAGGGGCAGCAUGGUUCAUGAAAUUGGCCACUGCUUGGGUCUGAAUCACGAGCAGAAGCGGGCGGAUGCGCAAGCGGAGUACUAUGGAAAGGGUCCUGCUUUGCAGAUGUACUGGGAGAACGUGGACAGCCGAUGGGUGUCUCAAUAUCUUCCGUCUGAGAAGACGUACAUCGGAUCAGCGGACGAUGGCGGGGCUGAUCCACAGAUUGGCCAUGCGGCGUACGACUAUGAAAGCAUCAUGCACUAUUACCGUCAGAGAAGCAGCAACCGCACAAUUGCGAAUGGCUACUACUUCGAUGCGAUUCCCACAUCAAACAACAAACUCGUGGGAAAUCGAGAUCACUUGUCCGAGGGUGACAUCAAGCAAGUAUUGGACGCCUAUCGAUGCCGGCUGAUCGGCGGCACCACUGGAACGACCACGACGACGACGACCACGACCACGACCACGACGACCACGACGACCACCACCACAACUCGCGAGCCGCCACCUCCAGUAUCCGGCCCCUUUCUGGAGGUUGGGGAGAUCACUGUCACAGGUCAGGAUGGCUGGCAGGUCUUCCACUUGCGCAGUCAGUUCGAGCAGCCGCCGGUGAUUGUUGUUCUCCCGACGGGACAGGCUGUACCGGCGAAUGUUCGCAUCCGUGGUGUCACUGCAGCCAGCUUCGAGGCGCUGGUUGCCGUCCCCCCCGGCCAAUCUGGCAAUCACUCGGGCAUGACUGUGGCAUACAUGGCGGCGGCAGCGGGUGUGCACCAGCUUCCGGAUGGUCGAAGGUUCGAGGCAGGGCGAGUGCAAACCGUGGCCCGCCAGGCGUCCAGUAACUGCAAGGCUUCCGGGCUCUCAACAAGCUGGUCGAGCCUGCUGUUCUGGAACUUGUAUGGGGCGCCCCCUGCUUUGCUGCUGACAUUGCAGACUGCCAACAACGAGGCAGGAAAUGUGCCAAUGACUUUCUCCACACCUUGGAUGACAGUGGCCGCCUCCUCAUUGUCGGUAUCGUCCGCCGACAUCGCAUUGGAGUCGGGAGAGACAUCGAAUGUCGGAACCAUCACAGUGGCAGAGGAGGUCGGGUACCUUGCCAUGGAGGUCGGUCACGGAAGCAUUCAGGUUGCGUCCCAGCAGGUGCUUUAUAGUGCGCUGGUGACAGGAGAGGUGGUCAAGGGCCUGGAUGACGGAAUCACGCAGGUGCCCUUGCAGACAGAUCUCCAGACAGUGUCUCCUCUAGUCCUGGGGAGUCAAGUGUCACGCGUGGGGUCGGAUGGUGGAUUUCUUCGAGUGUCGUCAGUGGCAAGUUCUACAGUUGCAGCCUUCAUUGAUGAAGACACGUACUGCGAUGAUGAAAGGAAGCAUGCUAGUGAACAAGUUGCCCUGAUCGCGUGGUCCGGUAGCCUUGCGCUGCCCGCCACCGCCACUACCGCCACUACCACUACUACCACCACUACCACCACCACCACCACCACCACCACCACCACCACCACCACCACCACCACCACCACCACCACCACCACCACCACCACCACGACCACCACAACGACCACCACAACCACCACCACAACGACCACCACGACCACCACAACGACCACCACAACGACUGUGAUGACAACCACGACCACACAGGCCCCAGGCUCAUCGACCACCAAUGCAGCCGGCUCCGCGUUCCUCGAAGUUGGCACGAUCGUUGUGGCAGGUGAAAGUGCUGGAUGGCAGAGCUUUUCCUUCCAGAGCAGAUUUGAGGGUCUGCCUGUGGUCGUGCUGAUGCCCGGGGCGAGCGCUGGUGGAGAGACAAUUCCACUCAGUGUACGGGUCAGAUCCGUGUCUGCCUCGGGCUUCCAGGCUCUCGUUGUGGUUCCACCAGGGCCGACUGACACCCGAACAGACAUGACGGUGUCCUACAUGGCUGUUCUGCCUGGAGUGCAUAUGCUGCCUGAUGGCCGGACAGUUGAAGCUGGGCUGAAGGAGAUUUCAGCCAGGCAAGUGGGCACAAGUUGCCAAGCUCAGGGGGUUAGUGCCGGUUGGGCCAAGAUCGGCUUCCUCUCACCAUUCGCCUCCGUACCAGCAGUCGUAGCAACCCUGCAGAGCGCGAACAACGAGCAAGGGGCUGUGCCGAGAUUCUUCUCCAAGCCCUGGCUAACUUUAGCUUGUGAGGCUCUGUCUGAGACGGAAGUGUCCGUUGCCUUGGAAUCAGCUGAGACAUCGAAGGUUGGAGAUGUCAACGUAACGGAAGAAGUAGGCUAUGUUGCCAUGGAGGCGGGACAGGGCAGCUUUGAUACGGAGCUGGGACCUGUUGCCUACAGUGUUGCAUUGACAAACGCCGUCGUGAAGGGUCUGGACGAGGGAGCGACCGAAGUCAGCCUGUCAGUGGACUUGGGAACCGAUUCACCACUUGUGGUGGGAAGCCAGUCAUCACGCAAUGGCAACAACGGCGGCUGGCUCAGGAUGUCUUCCUCGUCUGGCUCCUCUGUGCACCUCUUUGUAGAUGAGGAUGCUUAUUGUGACUCCGAGCGCUCGCACGUUGGUGAAGCGGCAAGCAUCCUUGCCUGGUCCAAAGCCUUUACAGUGGGGAUGUUUACAACGACCACGACCACAACCACGACAAGGACAUUUGCGGGUACACCAAGCCUUGAGGUUGGCGAAGUGACUGUGCGAAGCGGAGAGUGGAUCAGUGCUUCCUUCAGUGCGGCCUUUGCCGAGCCCCCAAUCGUGGUGCUCGCCCCCUCCGGCGAAACAGAAGGACCCGCAGCUAUCCGCCUGAAAGGGGUCACCACCACCGGUUUUGAGGCCAUCGUUGCUACACCACCAGGCAGCACGCCGAGCCUCCAACUCGCUAUGACGGUGACCUUCGUGGCCAUGCCACCGGGAGUUUCUCAGCUCCCAGGCAGUGGCUUGUGGUUGGAAGCGGGUCGGGAUUCAACUUCGAAGCUCGCGGCCAGUACCAAGUGCAGACCUGCAGGAGGUCUCAGCACUUCAUGGCACAAAGUGAACUUUCAGCAUCCUUUCACGCAGAGACCCGCGUUCUUGGCAACGAUCCAGACCGCCAACAACGAAGCCGGCUUGCCAGCAUCGGACUCCCAGCCGUGGUUUACCGUGGGGGUCAACAGUGUGAACCCUGCAGAUGCCUGGGUGGCUCUGGAGAUGGCAGAAACGUCGCAGCAUGGAGGCCUGAACAUCCAGGACGAAGAGGUUGGUUGGAUCGCCGUCCAGCAAGGUGCCCAUUCCUUCCAAGCUGCUACAGGCCAAAGCGUUCAAUGUGCAUCCGUGUACUCGACAAGAAGUGUGCCUGGCUGGGGCAACGGUGGGGCCACCGUGCCAUUGGGAACCAAUAUUGGAAGUGUCCGGCCCCUGGUGGUUGCGAGCCAGUCCAAAAGGUGGGGAUCCGAUGGGGGAUGGGUGCGGGUCCUACAAUCUACAGCUUCGUCUGUCGACGUAGCCAUCGAUGAGGACGUCAAUUGCGACACCGAGCGACGACACACCAACGAGGAAGUGAGCGUGGUUGCCUUUUCUGGCCAGUGCAUCAUCUGA